AUGGAGGUUGUCGAUCGGAGGAAUUCCGAAACGGUCACGUGGGAGCGCGGAUGCAUUAACCGGGGUUAUGCGCUGGGGCCGCUCCAGAGAAUCGACGUCGGACUCUACUGCCCCACGGCGAGCUAUCCCAUCACUAACACCGUUGCGCGCCGCAUCUCGGGCUCCUAUUCGAGCCUGGAAUCGUUACAGGCGUCACCGAUAAUGCACCUUACAUCAUUCGGCUAG